AUGGCAACAACUAUAGUAUUCAGCUUGUGUUCUCUACUAAUGGCUGCACUCUUUGGUUACUCUGCAUCAGUCCAGCUAAAUGACCCUGAUUGGUACUUUUGGUUCCCUCUCUAUGCUUGUGCUUGUGUCGUUAAUCUGCUGAACUGGGCAAUCUCCAAUACAACGAUCAGGCAAAUUGCAAAGGUGACAUUGUGGUUUGGUAUAUUCAUGUUUCUUAAGGUUUUCAUAGAAGAUUUUGUAAGUGGAACGGUUGGCUUUUGGUCAUUAGAUUUGAGUGAGAGAGUUGUAAGGGAGAAAACUGGAAGUGGGUUGGUUGUGAUUUCCAUGAUUUUGCAUUUGGAAGCAUCAUCAGAACCAAAACAUCCCAUGAUACCAAGAAAGAGAAGGGAAUUUCCAAGAUUUGUUGAAUAUGGGAUGGCAAUCUUGGUGAUCUUCAGUUUUGGACUCCCUUUUGUUUUCUUUGCGAUUCAAGAUGGAGAAAUGAAGUUUGAUCAUAUCAAGGAACAAAACCACCUGAAAUCCUUUUAA